AUGUCUGCGUCAGAUGUCUUUGACUCAGAAUCUUUCGCCGUAUACUUAAAAGAGAACCGGUCAGCGCCUCGUUAUGACUCUUCGAAGGAGGUCAGGAUCCCACAUCCUUACUGGCUGGUACGCGUCCACGAUAUCGACGACGGUCAAAAGAAAAUGCAAGCCGUCCUCUGCAGCUCGUUCGAUGAGAUUCCUGAGGAAGAUGAAGAGUUAAAGCACAUUCGUGAUGAAGUCGAAGCUCUACGACAAAUAAAGCGCCGCGAUCCUAUCAGAAUUGCGCUCGUAGGACCACAAGGUGCUGGUAAAAGCCUGCUCAUAAACGCCACAUUCGAGCGUGAUGGUCUGUCACUGACUGGGGCGGAUGGACAGGCUUGCAUUAGUACCAUUUUGCGGUACAAACUGGAUGGUCGAGACUCCUCUAGUGCCAUGAAGAAAUACACCGCGGAAGUCGCAUUUCUGAAGGCUGGAGAGCUAGACAAUAUGCUGGCAGGCUAUGCCCGCGCGUUUUUCCAUGUACACCAUCCGGACGAAGAGUUGGAUGAGGACGAGACGUCAAACUCCGGUUUGCAAGCACAAGACCAUUUUGACCGACGUGCAGCAGACACAGCGGAAGAGCUCUUCUAUACAAUUUUCGAGGGAAAAGAGAACUUUCAGCAAGUCUGGAACGUGGAUAACUACCGGACCGGCGAAUUUUUGACCUUUUGUCAGCUGAGAUGCGCGGCAGCACUCAAAUCGCUGCAAGUAGACAUGGUUGAAACCCGGCGGGUUGCGAUAUUCGCAGGGAACAGCCCACAAGAGCUCCUGCAAGAAGUAAAACCAUUUAUGACCAAGGUAGAGGGCCAGUUGUCUUUGUGGCCUUUGGUGAGCUGUGUCACAAUCCAGUUCUCGGACCCCCUCCUCGAACAAAAUAUUGAAAUCUGGGACUUGCCUGGUUGGGGAGACACAAACACCGCCCGUGCUCGCUUUGCAGACGAAGUUAAGGAUAUGGUGGACGUGGAGAUCAUAGUUGCUGAUACUAUCCGGAUUUCCUCUGACGACAUGGUCAUUAGCAGUGUUCGUGCUGCGAUCACCAACCACGGCAUUGAUAAUGUGAAGUUGGUGGCAACGAAAAUUGACUGGAACGAAGCGGAAGAGAAUGGAGACACUUUACAGAGCGAUGUGUUUAGCAAGUACAAAACAUAUCUUGAGCGCAAGCGCAAGCAACGAAAAAUCGCUGAACGGGCUUCACAUGUAUCCAAGGAACUCGCCCUAAAGCUCAACGGGCGUAACCCGGGCGAGGUUCUUCAGACGUUUCACGUCUCAGCGGCGGACUAUAUGACCUGGCUGAAGAGUGACAAACUUAUGUUUAUGGAUCAGCCGGCGCUUUCGCCGGUGGAAACUGGGAUUCCAUCACUGAGGCAAUACCUGUUCUCCUUGCCGGCCGACAGAAAUCUACAGGACUACACUGCACACCUCUUCCACGAAGUACCUAACAUCGUUAGCAAGAUCAAGCGGGUGGUCAAUUCCUCCGAGCGGAAUACUGGUUAUCGAGACAUUGCAAAUGACUUCGGCAGGCUCCGUGCGGUUCUGGUCCCGCAGCUGCUGGAUUACAUUAAGGAAGAAUUCCAGAAGCAAACCGCCAAAAGCAUGGUCAAGAUGCAUGCAGAGUCCCGGCAUUAUAUAAACAAGGUUGACAAAGUGAUCGGCUCAUGGCUUAUACUCAAAGGACCAACUCUCAACAGAAUCCUGAAAAGCAGUGGCACCAUUCCUCCAGGCGUCUCCAAGGCCAAGGGUCUGGAGAAAGGUUGCAAUUGGAAUGAAGACCUCGCACCCCUUCAGUCUUCUGGCGAUCUUCUUAUCAAGGCGAUUGAGUUCGUGCAUCAGAAACUCAGAGAGAAAAUGGAAAAGCCAACUUGCGGUGUAUCAACAACCGAAGAGGCUAAGAGACAAUACAAGCCAUAUGAACUGUCUAUUCGAGUCAAGGCGCUGAGCUGCGUGAAAGAAAUCAAGACGAAAUUGGAGUACAUCAGGCGGAGGGCGACGAUGGAAGACGGAAGACAGACCAACUUUAUGUCCUCGGUCACUGAGCCUUUGUUCGACCAAGUUUUCAAAGCCUUCCCGCAAAUCACGGGUUGGACAACAAGGAAUCGUCCCAAAUAUGCGGAGCCUAGGAUCGGAUUCCAGAGGAAGAAAAUUCACGCUUUAUUUCUUGACCCCAAGAAGCACUUUGUGGACAGAGUGCUGAAAGGCUUUGAACACUAUGUCAACACUCUCAUCUCGGACAUUCUAAGCAGAUACAUCGAACGCAUCGACAAAGACUUGGAGGAAUACAGUAAGAUGCUCAGUGAACUAGCUCCCGUCGAGUACGAGAUUACUCCAAUAGGGUCUGAGAUUCGUCAUCGCCUGGGAGAGCUGCUCCCCCAGCUAGAAGACAUGGUUGGCAAACUCCAGCAAAUGCUUCCGGAAAGCGUCAGGAACGAGUAUACUGCGAACAGCAAUGCCACUGCAGUGCGGGAACCCGACAUCAAGUCUGUUUUCGACGAGUCUGGGAAACGGAAAGCAACAAUCGCUUCAAUGCCUAAUAUAAAGCAGGACCUGGACACGAAGAAGCCACGCACGAAGUUAUUCCACAGAAGGAAUUUUGUCCGCAGUUGA